ACCAAAAAUAGCCGGUUGGACGAUGAAAAAGGAACCCAACCGGCUCUUCUAAAUAGUUAGAAUUAGAAUUAGAAUUUACGCGUCACUGUGCAGAUUUGGCGUUUUGCACCGCUUAGUUGUCUAAUCUCUAGAAAACUUGAGUGAGUAGUGAAAGUGUUCACUUAGAGAGAAAGAGAAAGAAAUGGCAGCAAAAUCAGAUGAACCAGCACCACAUCCACCAAAAGAUCAGCUUCCUAAUGUUUCUUACUGCAUUACUAGUCCUCCUCCAUGGCCUGAGGCUAUCCUUUUUGGAUUUCAACAUUAUCUGGUUAUGCUCGGUACCGCAGUUAUCAUUACUACAGCUCUGGUUCCCCAGAUGGGAGGAGGAAAUGAGGAGAAAGCCAAAGUUAUUCAAACAAUUCUGUUUGUUGCUGGGCUGAACACCUUGUUGCAAUCUUACUUCGGAUCUAGACUACCUGCGGUGAUUGGAGCGUCUUAUACCUUUGUUGCACCUACAAUUUCAAUUAUCCUUUCGGGACGAUGGAUUGAGCCAGACCCUGUAUCGCUAACAAAUCGAGUGCCAAAAAUACUGAUGCACAAAAUCCAUAGCAGCUCUGGGAACUAGAUUCAAGAAGACAAUGAGGGCCACUUAUUGUUGCUUCAACAAUUCAGAUUGUCCAAGGCUUCAGUGGUCUCUGGCGCAAUGUUGUAAGGUUUGUUAGUAUGAUAAGAUUUAUAUGUGUGCCAUUUAGUGUCAACGUAUGACCGGUUGAUGUUAUUCCAACAUUCCCUAUGUCUAGACUUCUGAUCUAGUUCCUAUUUUGUCAAUAUGUGACUGGGUGAUGUUAUCCCCUAUACUAGACUUCCGAUUUAGUUCCUACAACUUAAUAAAUCACUUUUU